UGAAUCGGAUUUUCGUGCCAUUGGUGGUAUACCCUCAUCACGUCCCGAUUCUCGUGCUCAAGGCAUACCGAUGUCCGCCCUUCGACAAGCUAACAGUCGAGCAAGUAUAGCUGUUGGUACCCAUGUAAAUAGCCAUCAUCCCCAGCAUCACCAUAUGCCUAAUGGCAAACAUUAUGGCCAUCGUUCGCACAGUGAAGCGGAUCUUCUGGCCAGUGCUGGUGGCAAUGAUGUCUAUGACUAUGGUGGCGGCGGUGGUGGUGGGGGCGGAGCAGCUGAAUCCCGUAUAUAUGGUACUUCACGCAAUCGUCACCAUCACAUGGAACACGCGAAUGGCGGUAGUCACAUUUCGAAUUAUGGUGGUGUGUCACAACGUAAACGUUCCGAAAUAGGUUUGGUCUACCCUAAUAUACAGGUCCACUGUCUGGAUGUGAAUCCCUGUCUGAGGGGUGUUUCGCUGCAAGCCAAGGCCGGAGAUUUAUUUGCCAUUAUGGCGACAUCACAAAAAGAGGGCACAGCUCUGACAGAAUGUCUGGCCGGUUUGAAUGAAAGGAUCGGCGGUGAGAUCCUCAUCAAUGGCCAGCAGAUAAAUCGUCGUGCCCUUAGGGAGUUGUGUAGUUAUGUGCCUGCUUUAAGUGUGUCCUCGCUGGAUCCCCGGAUGAGUGUACAGUGUACAUUGAAUUUCCAUGCCACCCUGAGGGGACCCAUGGACCGGAGUGAUUUGAAGGAGAGGAUGGAUGUCCUUAUCGAGGAUCUGGGUUUGACCACUGUGCGGGCCUCUAAUGUCUCCUCGCUGACCCAUUCGGAAAAACAACGCCUUAGCGUGGCCUGCCAGCUACUGGCCCAGUCAUCGAUUUUAAUUUUGGAUCAAGUCACAUCGAAUAUGGAUAUAUUCGAUACUUUCUUCCUUGUGGAAUAUUUGCGUCAAUGGUGCAGUGGUGGCCGGAUAGUCAUAAUGACCCUCCAACCACCCACAUUUGAAAUUUUGUCCAUGUGUUCCGGGGUCCUGCUGCUGUCCGGGGGACGUACAGUUUUCUCCGGCAGUCGUUCGGAUUUGCCAAGGCACAUGGGAGAACUGGGUUAUCCCUGUCCGCCCUUUAAAAAUCCAGCAGAUUAUUACUUGGAUUUGGUGACACUGGACGAUCUGUCCGCUGCCGCAUUACUGGAAUCAUCAGCCCGUAUCGAGUCGUUGGCAAAUUCCUGGGACCAAAUAAAUUCCGAACCCCCCUUGGCGGCCCCACCCGCCUCACUGCCAAAUUUUGUACGAAAGGCCGGUUUCUUUGGCCAAAUGAAGGCUCUGAUUAAACGUUUUGCGGCCUACAAACAACCGGGCUCUCUGCUCACCUGGAUAAGCAAACUAAUAUCGGCAGCUGUCAUUUCCCUUUGCAUUGGCUGCAUAUUCUGGGAUGUACCUGCCUCGGAUCCCCAACUGACAUACAACGAUCGUUUGGGUUAUCACCACUGUGUCAUGGCGUUAAUGUAUUGGCCUCUGCUAAUGUUAACCAUUAGGGAUACCCAAGAAGAUCGGCGUCAUGCCGAAAGAGAUUUAAGAUUAGGGUUAUACUCAAGAUCCCUAUAUAUUAUUGUACAGAGUUUGGCUGGUUUGUUCCCCAGUUUGUGUAUAUGGUUGGCAUAUCUUUUGCCGGCCCAUAGCAUGGCCGGUUUGUAUACCUACAGUACCAGCAGCGAUACUGGUAUCUAUUUGUAUAUGGGUUAUAUGCUGCUGUAUUUGACGGUCAUCCAAACAUUGGCAAUAUUCUGUGCCCACCUUAUGCCCAGCAAGGUUGGAUCGACAAUACUAAAUACUCUUAUAUCACUGGGUCUUACCGCCGUCGGAGGAUAUUCCAUACAUCCAAAGAAUGUCUCGAAAAUCUGGUCAUGGUCGGAGUUGAUAUCACCGGAAAAAUGGCUCUUACCGGUUCUGGUACAGGAUGAAUAUAGUGCCGAGACCUUAGCAAAUUCGGCAGGAUUACAGCUAUGUCGUAACAAACAGGUGCAACACCAAGAGAUUAUAGUACAACAGCCCUGUCCACCACCGAAUGGUACCCAAGUGCUGGUCGACUUUCAAUUGCUGCCACAAGAUCAUAAAUUGGAUCCCACCUACACCUAUGAUCAGACAACAACGGUGGCCUUGGUUUUGGCAUCGAUUGUUGUAUUCUUCGUAACCUUCUUUGUGUUCGCUUGUAAUUGUCGCAACAUGUUCUGUAAGAAACCGAAAAAAGCGUUUAGAGAUCGACUUUGAGGUGGAGCAGCAAUGAAGAGUUGCUGGCGCAAAGCGAAGUGUUUAAAGCAUAAAAUACGAUUAGUUAAGUUUUAGUGCUGCAAUACUUUUUACAAAAAAAAUAUAAUUUUUUUCCAACAAAAAUAAACUAUUUAAAUGUUUUGUUCAUAAGUUUUAAAACGACUUCCAUAGCUAUACAUUGUUAGAAUGCAUAUAUUUUUAAAUAAUUAAAAUUAUUACUAUUAAAUAACGCACAUUUCGAUUAUGCAUUUUUUAAACAAAUAAGACAUUUUUCAUACAAUUAUUUUUAUAUUAUUAACAACAAAUUA